AAGGAGAUUCUAAAGCUGUUGAGUGCAGGGGUGAUCUACCCAAUUUCAGACAGCACUUGGGUGAGCCCGGUUCAUGUGGUUCCUAAGAAGGGUGGCAUCACUGUCAUCACAAAUGAGAAGGCUGAGCUGAUUCCUACCAGAACAGUCACAGGGCAUAGGAUGUGCAUUGACUACAGGAAGCUAAACUCAGCCACAAGGAAGGACCACUUCCCACUUCCUUUCAUUGACCAGAUGCUGGAAAGACUAGCCAACCACCCCUACUACUGUUUUCUCGAUGGCUACUCCGGGUUCUUUCAGAUACCCAUUCAUCCAGAGGACCAAGAGAAGACAACAUUCACCUGUCCAUACGGUACUUUUGCCUACAGGAGAAUGCCCUUCGGAUUGUGCAAUGCUCCUGCCACUUUCCAGAGAUGCAUGAUGUCGAUCUUUACUGAUCUUAUUGAGGACAUUAUGGAGGUUUUUAUGGACGAUUUCUCAGUCUACGGUUCUUCAUUUACCGACUGCCUUGCUAAUCUGUGCAAGGUGCUGGAAAGAUGUGAGGAGAAGAACUUGGUGCUAAAUUGGGAGAAGUGCCAUUUCAUGGUGAAAGAUGGCAUUGUUUUGGGUCACAGGAUAUCAGAGCAGGGUAUCGAGGUUGACAAAGCAAAGAUUGAAGUUAUGACCAGCCUACAGCCUCCUAGGACAGUGAGGGAUAUUCGGAGUUUUCUGGGACAUGCCGGUUUCUACAGGAGGUUUAUCAAAGACUUCUCUAUGAUAGCGAGGCCACUCACCCGUCUGCUGUGCAAAGAAGCGAAGUUUGUUUUUGAUGCUGACUGCCUCGCUGCGUUUCAGAUUCUCAAGAAGUCUCUAGUCAGUGCUCCCAUUGUGCAGCCACCAGAUUGGGACUUGCCAUUUGAAAUAAUGUGUGACGCAAGUGAUUACGCGAUUGGAGCUGUUUUGGGGCAGAGAAAAGACAAGAAACUCCAUGUGAUCUAUUAUGCCAGCCGAACGCUUGAUGAUGCUCAAAUCAAGUAUGCUACCACUGAGAAGGAGUUGCUGGCAGUAGUUUAUGCUUUCGAGAAGUUCAGGUCCUAUUUGGUGGGCUCGAAAGUAAUUGUGCACACAGAUCAUGCAGCCUUGAAGUACCUGAUGACGAAAAAAGAUGCUAAACCGAGACUCUUAAGGUGGAUCUUACUGCUACAGGAGUUUGAUAUUGAGAUCAGAGACAAGAGAGGAGCAGAAAAUGGAGUGGCAGAUCAUCUUUCCAUAAUGCCUAAGAGACAGAAGAAGAAGGGUGAGCGUGGGAGUUCCUCGGUACAGACUGCUAGGCUCAGCACAAAGGGCAAUUUCCGAAAGACGGAUAGGUCUCAUCCUGCGAAUCGAGAGAUAACCCAGCAGUGGGAUAUACAUGAUGAUGAUUUCUACGAGCAGAUGAGGGGAGUGGAAAUAUGUCCGUCGCGCUUCGCUCACAGAGACACUACAGAUGCAUUGGGGAUAACCGAGGAUAUUGAAGCCUUGUUCGAGAAGAUUGGCCUGGGGCAGUUCCUCGCAUCAGCCCGCCUCUACCAUCCUGACGAGGACAACCCGGUAGCUGAUAAGGCGAUGUUCUCCUUCAUUGUGAACAGGCAGUUCCACUCCAUGACCAUCUUUCAGCUGUGCGACGUCUUUGGGUUCGGGAAAGGACGUCAAUCUUGUGUUCCUGACUUCCCGGAACACAAUGAUUUCUGGAAAUUCAUCGCUUCAGGAAACUUCAUCUCUCGAGAGGCCAAGCAAGCUAGAAUUCGUAGCCCUGUUCUGCGAUAUGCAGUGAGAGUGAUCAGCAGUGUUAUCUAUGGGAAGACAGAACCCGCUGCAGUGACAAAAGAUGAGCUAGCUCUUCUGUUCAUCGGGGCUGGACACCUAUGGCCUCAGGGCGCAGACAUUACCUAUGUUAGCGGGAAGGACAUAAACAUAGGAGCUGUGAUCGCGGAGAAGCUUGCGUACUUCAAAGUUUCAGACACGAAGAGAUGUGGGUUUGGAGCGGUUAUCACACGGAUCUUAAGGCAAUGUGGAGUGUUUCUUCCACCUUUUGACAGAGUGGUGGAUAAGAAGGGGAUGCAUCAGAACUUUUUCGACAUGAGAGCACUCAUUAGCAGCCACUACCUCACCGGCCCUUGGCGAGGUAGCAUCGACAAGUCAGCCCCUCAUAUCUACCAGUUCCAUGACCCACAAGGGAGAGAGCAAUUUGUCAAACUACCCUAUACCGCCAUCACCGAGCUGACUGAUCCAGGUGCUCUCAUAUUUCUACCACCGCCUGCAUUUCUCUGCGCCAGACCCGCGACACUGAAGAAGAAAGGAGUCGCAUCAUCAUCGACACACCAGCAGGCACCACAUGAUGAUAUAGAGGAGGAGCCUGAAGAUGAGGAAAGUCUUUUCCCCACGGAUUUCACUCCGUAUAUGCUGCCACCAGCACCUCCCGCUACUGCAUCCGCUGCUGAGAUCAACGCUUGGUCCAUCAAACCAACAACUCCAUACUGCUGA